CUUUCUGGAGCGCUGUUGCUGAACGUCCGGGGACUGGUCGCUCGACGACAUCGACUCUUCGAGCCUCCCCCUUGCGGUCGCCACCAUGCUCGAUCUAUUCACUUCCGUUCUGCUAUACUUGGUAGCAUCGGGCUCGGCUGCCACCCUCUCUCUGAAUCCUUCGGCGGCAACGACUACUUCAAUCGUACAGGCGACGUCGACGAUCACGGUGCAGAACAAGAAGUUAGCUCCCGAUGGUUACUCGCGCGACACGGUCGUGGCGAACGGAGUUUUUCCUGCCCCUCCCCUGAUCGGGUACAAGGGUGGAAAGUUUGAGCUCACCGUCAAGAAUCAGCUCUCUGAUACGGCUAUGGACCUCCCGACAAGCAUCCACUGGCAUGGAUUAUUCCAGAAAUCGACCAACUAUCAGGACGGCGUAGACAUGGUGACCCAAUGCCCUAUCAUACCUGGCCAUUCGUACGAGUACAAAUUCAGCGUUCCAGACCAAGCCGGUACGUUCUGGUAUCAUUCGCACUACAAGACCCAGUACUGCGAUGGCCUCCGUGGUCCUUUGAUCAUCUACGACACAAACGAUCCACAUGCCAGUUUGUACGACGUCGACGAUUUGAACACGAUCGUCACUCUGGCAGACUGGUAUCACAUUGUCUCGCCGCUGGAGACACUCGGCGCCGGUGCUGUGGCCCUUCCCGACGCCACCUUGAUCAAUGGUAAAGGUCGAUCGCUCGAAACGCUCGACGCGGACCUGGCUGUUAUCACGGUGACGAAAGGCAAACGGUACCGAAUGCGUUUGGUCGCUAUCGCCUGCCACCCAAAUUGGAUAUGGUCCAUUGACUCGCAUACCAUGACGGUUAUUGAAGUGGACGGAGUUAACGUCCAACCGUACACGGUCGAUUCCAUUCAGAUUUACGCUGCUCAACGUUAUUCGUUCAUCCUGAAUGCAAACCAACCCGUCAAUAACUACUGGAUUCGCGCUGUGAGCAACCUUACCCCGGUCGGCACGAUUGGCGGCCUCAACAGCGCUAUCCUCCGCUACUCCGGUGCCCCUGCCGAGGAGCCCACCACGUCUGACAUCAGCUCGAACCGUCUCAAUGAGCAGGCCCUCAAGCCUCUUACCGCUGCUGCGGUCCCCGGCAGCGCGACCAAGGACGGCGCCGAUGUCAACAUCAACCUCGACAUCGAGAUCAACCCGCUCACCCUCCACUUCACCGUCAACGGGGACGAGUAUGAACGGCCUUCCGUACCCGUUCUCCUUCAGAUUCUGAACGGAGCGAAUGCCUCCGAGCUUUUGCCCAAGGGGAGCGUAUUUUACGUGCCGAAGAACAAGGUUAUCCAAGUGUCCUUUACUCAGCUUGUCGGCGCUGUCGGCGGUCCCCAUCCGAUGCACUUGCACGGUCACCAGUUCUCGGUCAUCCGCAGUGCGUCGAAUUCGUCGUAUAACUACAUCGACCCGCCCGUGCGAGAUACUGUGUCUGCCGGUACCGUCGGCGAUCUGGUUACUAUUCGCUUCACCACCGAUAACCCGGGACCUUGGCUCCUGCAUUGUCACAUCGAUUGGCAUUUCAACGCUGGUUUGGCCAUCGUCUUCGCCGAAGAUCCCGCAGACACCCCCACUGUGGAUGCGCCCACGACUCAAUGGAAGGACCUCUGCCCAGUAUACGACAGCUAUAUCGCGUCGUAAAUCAGGACCCCUCACUACCACCAGCUCCAUCGCAGUAGCGCGUCCAGGAUGCAUCGCCUCUGCACUUGUGUAUUCCUCGUCUAUCCUUCCGAUCACCACACUCGCUCACACGAUUCCUGCAUUUCCCUCUCUCCGGCAUAUUGUCCUCCUCGCUCGCUCGCCGUGAAUACACG